UUAAGGGUUAAAAUAAAUAAAUUUUGUCUGCAUUAAGAAAAUUUUAUGCAAAGACGAAAUUUAAUGCAAAAUUAAGUAAAUAAUAAAUAAAAAUUAUUAAAAAUAAUUGUUAAAACUCUGGUCUUUACAUCGAAACCGAAAUCAAAAUGGCGGCAACGAAACUUUUUUUUUUCUUUUAAUGAGUUGCCAAUUCAGCUAUUUUUUAUAGAUUUAGUAGAUUUAUGAACAAUCUAGCUUAAAAAAUCAAACAAUUCUAAUGGAAACAAUAUGAUUUGGUUAUUUUUAUUAAAAUGUCUAGCUGUAAAUUUGAAUUUUGAGUUGGCAACACUACUUUUAAUUAAUGUAUAUCAGUUGCUGAUUGGAUAUCGUUUGAAUAUUUUACGUACUGUUGUGACAAAACGUCUUACGCAUUGCUAUCUGAUCUGGUUCAUCUGUCUUUUAAUAUUAUUAUUCAAGGUUUGUGUUUUUCUACAUUCUUAAAUUAUAAUGGCACGGAAACAAACGAGGUUUAAUCUCCAAUGGCUGGAUCCAGCUAUUCAUCCAGAAUUCAAUUCCUGGUUAGGAACUGUAAAAGAUGAUGAUACAAAAGCAUUUUGCUGCAUUUGUUGUAAAGUUUUCUCAUUAAGUAAUAUGGGAAAGCAUGCAUUAGUAUCACAUGCAAAUAGUUCUAGUCAUGUUGAAAUAAAAAGAUUGAAGUCGGAACAAACAUCACUGAUAAGGUCUUUAACCCCAACAAAUUCACACUCUUCUGAUAGUCAACAAAAUGUGUGUGAAAUGGCUUCUGUUUUGGAAGAUAGAUCUAAGAUCACUAACAAACAAUCUCUCACCAAAUCAACAUUUCUUAGCAGCACAUUGACACCUUUUUGUGAUAAAAGAUGAUGUAAUAAAAGCAGAGAUAACUCGGGCAUUGGCAGUUGUAAAGAAAAAGAUGUCACUCAAUUCAUGCUAUGGUAUUAAAAACAUUUUCAAAAAAAUGUUUCCUGACAGUGCUAUAGCCACACAAUUUCAAUUGGGUCCAGAUAAAGCUUCCUAUAUAAUAAAUUAUGGCCUAGCCCAUUAUUUCAGAGAAAAAUUGAUUGAUGCUGUUACAAGUUGCAAUAAUGUAAAUUUGAUUAUCUUUUGUGUAAAACAACAAAACAAUUUUUAUAGUUAUGUUGCAAAAGAAAGAGAUUUGUAGUUAUGAUUCUAUGCUAUAUUUUAUUAACGUAUAAUUGUAAUUUCAUUUGAUGUUUAUUUUUGUAUUUAUUAUAUUUUAUUUAAAUUUUAUAAGUUUUAAGAAUCCCAAUUUUCCUAAUACUAUGACGUCAUAGGAAUACAAGUGUGAGGUUUUGGAAUUGUUUUCCUUUGACAAAUCACUAAACAAAGUUGUUCAAGGAACUCAAAUGGAUCUUGUGAUAAAAUACUGGGACAAGAGUAAAGAUAAGGUUAUGACCAGAUAUUUAAAUAUUUAAAUAGUGUUUUUCUGGAUUAUAGUAAAGCUGAUGAUCUUCUGUCUGCAUUUCUCUAUGGUCUUUCAGACAUUCAUCUUGAUCUAGCAAAAAUUCUUCACAUCUGUAUGGACAGACCAAAUGUAAACAUAAGUUUUCUGAAUAAAUUAGAUCACAUGGAGACACAGAAUGUUGGUGAAUCAUUUGUGAGAAUGAGAACAUGUGGUUUACAUGUAGUCCAUGGUGCUGUAAAAGCUGGUUUUAAAGUAGUAGAUUGGAAUUUGUUACCACUGCUACGGAAUUUGUACUAUUUGCUAAAAGACUCAUUCACUCUGUGGUCUGAAUACAUUGCUAUAAGUGGAAACAGAUUAUUUCCCAAAAAGUUUGGUUGAACAAAGUGGUUGGAGAACGAAGAAUGCUUAGAACGUCGAUCAGAAGUUGUUGGAAUAUCUGUGAAGACAUACAUAAACAACAGUACAAAGUUGAAAGACAGUAAGGUAGCUAUAUUCUUGAGACAGGCACUCAAUGAUCCCUUUAUUAAAGUUAAACUUUUAUUUUUUCAGUCAAUAUGUACACAAAGUGAGAGCUUUCUCACCUGAUUUCAGAACAGCAAACAUCUUGCACCCUAUCUUUAUAAAGCAGUUGUUCAAUUAUUAAUGAACUUGAGAAAGUUUGUGAAAAAUGACAGGGUCAUCAACAAGCAGUUUCUAAAAAUAGGUUUAAAUGCUAAUGAAAACUUAGUACAUUUGAAGAAUUUGGAUAUUGGUUUUGGAGAAAAAAGUUUUAAAAUAAUUGAAAGUAAGCAACAAAGAUAUUCUGUGUUUUCUAAGAGAUUGUCGAAAUGUGCUGAAAGUGAUGACACAAAAGAUUAUUGAAAAGGGACCUGUCAAGUACAAAUGUGUGAAAGCUUUGAGCAGCUUAGAUUCAAAAAUUAUCAAAAUACAAUCAAAUGUUGGAAAAUUGUAUUUCAGUGUUUUACUGGAGGUUCUACAUGAUACAAACAGGAUUGAUGAGAAAUAUGCUGUCAAAGCAAAAGAACAGUAUGAUAUACUCUGCAAUAAAGUAUCAAUAAAACCCUAUUCUACAAAGUUUGAGGACUUCAUAUCUGAAAGGAGUGAUGAUGAUGGUCUGGACACAUUUUAUUGUGAAAUUAUGAAGGAUGAUAGGCAACUGCAAGAUCUAUGGUCUAUUAUCAAAAUUUCUCUUUCUUUCUCACAUGGAAAUGCAAGUGUUGAGAGUGGUUUCUCGGUUAAUAAAUCACUAUUGAGUGAAAAUCUUAAGGAAGAAAGUUUAGUUGCUCAAUGCUUAGUUUAUGAUGGGAUCCAUUUUGCAGGUGGUAUUGAUAAAAUAAAUAUAGACCAGAAAAUAAUGUUAACAGUCAGAGGAUUUAGACAGAGAUUUAUUGCAUCUGUGCAACAGAAAAAGAUAUUCAGAAGCAGCAGGCAUUGAAUGCUGAAGAAAAAAGAAAACUUACACAACAACUUAAGGAUUUAAAACAACACAGAAAACAUUAAGAAAAUAUCACAAAAAGGAAGAAAAAGAGAUUGAAAUGAAAAUAAAUACACUUGAGGAGAAAAGGCUAAAACUACAUUAAUAUAAUAGUUCUUGUUUUGUGAAUUGUAAUUAUUUUUUUAUUUUCUAAUUAUCUUUAUUUUGAAAAAAAGAGAAUUAAUACUAAGAAGUUUCUCUGUAUUUUGAUUGUCCAUUUUGUAAAAAAAAUAAGAAGAUUUUACAAUACAGUAGA